UUCCCAAGGUAACCCAUCAAAGCUCGGAAAAGAAAACCCAGGACAAUUCCAUUUUAACAAACACAAACACAUAGGAAUGAGCUUUCUGUGCAUGUGCAACUGAUCCCACCCUCCAGUUGGGUUUCAUGACAAAAGGAAUUGCAUCAACACAACAACAAGAACAGCAGCAGCAACAGAGCGAUGGACAAUCAAUCGGGUCGAGUAGUAGUGAUUCUAGCAGUGCUGGCAGCGUUGGAGGUGGGCUGGUGCUGAAGAAGGGGCCAUGGACGGCGGCAGAAGAUGCGGUGUUGAUUGAGCAUGUGAAGAAGAAUGGAGAGGGGAAUUGGAAUUCAGUGCAGAAGAACACGGGUCUGGCGCGGUGCGGCAAGAGUUGCCGGCUCCGGUGGACCAACCACCUCCGACCCAACUUGAAGAAAGGCGCUUUCACUCCUGAGGAAGAGAGGUUGAUCCUCAAGCUGCAUUCUCAGCUUGGCAACAAAUGGGCCCGCAUGGCUACCCAGCUACCUGGGCGAACAGAUAACGAAAUAAAGAACUAUUGGAAUACGAGAAUCAAGCACCGGAUCCGCCAAGGCCUUCCUCUAUAUCCUCACGACAUCACUCCUGAACAUCUGCCGUCUUCAUCAGUACCGCGGGCGACAGAACCCCGAUCGAAUACAACCACCCAGCUUCACACACAGACCCCAAUCCAAAUCCUAGCCCAACCAAGACCCAUCAGCCAAGACCUGCCACAAACUCCUAGCAGCAUGCUUCUCUCACCACAGUAUUCUCAGCAUUACCUCAAAUCAAGCUUCAACAAUUGUCUCUUUUACCCUUCUCCCUCUCUUGCUUGUCCCGCAAGCACAUUCACCAACACUCACACCACUCCAGUUCUUGCAUCCUCUCCUCUCAGGCUGAAGGGCAGUUACGAGGACACCACUGGGUUUUCACUCUCUUUUCUGCCCAUCUCACUCGGUUCUUCUCCGCUUCCAUCUGUUCCUACACCAAGCCAGUUGCCUAACACGGGUUCUUUUCAAUUUAGUCCACUGAGUUGCAAUGUGAGUUCACCUCAGUAUGUGCAGACUCAGCUGGAUUCAGACAGAUACUUGUCAUCCGUUUCAGUUUUUCCCUCAAAAUCAGAGCUCCCUUCAAGCCAAUUGUACCUAUCCCAAAUCGGAAAACCAGAGACAGACAUGAAGCGGAGACGGGGUAUGUAUUGCAGUGGUAGUGAGUUAUUGGAGGAUUUGCUGGAGGAGGCUCAAGCACUAUCUAAUGAAAACCCGCAGAUGCAAAGCUUCAUGAACUUGCAAGUGGAGAAGCUCGACGUCUCCUUGAGGUCUGGUUGUGAUUGGGAUGCUAGAAGCUCUGUGAAUCCCUCUGCAGUGAACUUGGGCCAUUCCCAUUCUGAGAUUGACACUCGCAAAGGUUUUGGUUUGCCUUUGGUACAAGAAGGAAUUAAAGUCGAAAAAGAUACUGCACAGCAGAACUUCACCAUGCAACAAGAAGAAGAUUUGUCGAAGCUACUUAAUGUCUUCCCUUCAACCCUUCAGAGAGGGAAUCUGGGGCAUUCCAUCCCUGACAUCGACACUCACAGCAAUAUUUGUUUGCCUUUGGUACAAGAGGCACGGCUGGAAAAGGAGAAAUUGGACCCGAUUCCUUUCGUGCAAGCAGAUGUGUCGAAGCUUCUGAAUGUCAUCCCUCCGGCAAAUCAGUUUUCUUCAGGAUACGACAGUAACAGUGAAUUCUGCAACAGGCAAUCAUCAAGUUAUGCUUCUGCCGGGGCAGAUGUUACCAUGGGAGGGCUCGAGAUGCAGCAACAGAUAGCACGGUCACUUCCAGUCACUACUGCCGUGGACAAGGAAAGAACUCCCGUCCCCAGCUCCUGGGACAACGUAUCCAGAAUUUGGUGAGGCACAUGCGGGAAUGACUGGAAGCUGUUCGACAAUUCACCUUUAUUAUAAGAUCGUCUAAAUUAGUCCUUGGAGGGGCUUAUUACGUAUCAUAUCAAUGGUACAUCGACCUGAUGAAACUGACAUUGGCUAUAUCUAGAAAAACUGCUUCCUUUUGGAUUGUAUUAUCAUAAUUUGUAUGUCUUAUACUUUCUAAACACCAUAUGAUAUCUAUGAUUCUAUCUAAUGUAUGACUUUAAUAUGCUUA